AUGGAGUCGCCUCUAGCGACACGGAUCUUCCGUGAGCUCUUCAGUCGACCAGCCCGACACUGCCUUCACCAGCAAGCUCGACUGGCCGCACUGCAAGGUCCCGGACGUCGCCAUGCCUCGGCACUGCGUCACAAGGAAGACGAUGGGUCCGGACGAAGCAAUUGGCAACAACGCCUCGAUCAUUUCCCUCCCGACAUCACAAAAGAGCUCAAACAGUUCCCCCGCGUGACUGCGGCCCAGUUACGAAAUCGGUCGCAGCGACCGACUCGGGUGAAGAUGUACACAAGAGAGUUCAUUGAUGACAGCCUGUACAACCCAAAUUACGGCUACUUCUCGAAGCAUGCGACUAUCUUCACGCCCACGAAGCCAUUCGACUUCAAUGCCAUAAAGGACGAGGCGGAAUUCAACAACCAGAUCAACCAGAACUAUGCAGACUUCGAGGAAGCACUGGACGAGAUAGCGUACGACCCGAAUCGGCAACUGUGGCACACGCCGACUGAGCUGUUCCAACCACAUUAUGGACAUGCGAUUGCGCGAUAUCUGGUCACUAAUUACAAGAUGACCCUCUUCCCGUAUCAUGAUCUGAUCAUAUACGAAAUGGGCGCGGGCAAUGGCACCAUGAUGCGGAACAUACUAGACUACAUUCGAGACACAGAUCCAUCCGUGUAUGCUAGGACCAAGUAUCGAAUCAUCGAGAUCUCCUCCUCUCUGCACUCGCUACAGAAGACCAGUCUGUCAACAUCGAUAUCAGAUCCAGAUCAUCUCGAGCAUGUCGAAUUGAUCAACUCGUCAAUAUUCAACUGGAAGACACCGGUACCGCAUCCGUGCUUCUUUCUAGCGCUCGAAGUCAUAGACAACUUUGCUCACGAUGCCAUUCGAUACGAUCCUUACACAGAACAGCCUAUGCAAGGUUCUGUCCUAAUCACCGAGGAUGGCGAGUUUGUCGAAUUCUACGACCCCAAUAUCGACCCGCUUGCCGCCCGCUAUCUCAAACUCCGCCAGCUCGCUGCUCGCGCGCCCUUCCGCAACCCUCUCAGCAAUCCACCUGCUCCUCUCCGGAAACUGUUGCACUCACUUCCGUUCGCACCUAACCUCACCAAGCCCGAAUACAUACCCACACGACUGAUGCAAUUCUUCGACGUACUCUCCAACUACUUCCCACACCACCGGCUAGUCCUCGCCGAUUUUACUGCACUUCCUGACACAGCUCCAGGAUUCAAUGGUCCCAUUGUGCAGACACGAUUCGAGCGACGGAACAUCGCCAUGCGGACGCCUUUCGUGCAUCAGGGGUACUUUGAUAUUUUCUUUCCGACAGACUUUGGCCUGAUGGAGGAUCUGUAUCGGAUGCAAACGGGGAAGUUGACACGUGUGAAGAGUCAUGAGGAGUGGCUGAGGGGCUGGGAGGAUGACGAGGGCCGAACGGUGGUUAAGAGCGGCGAGGAUGUCAUGCGGACUUUCUACCAGAACCAGGCGGUUAUGACGACGUUAUGA